AGUUCCCCUUUUUGGAUGGAAAUAAAAAGAAGAGUCAUUCAAGCUGCAUUCAGCCCUCGUCUAAGAGAGGCCAAGAUGAAGAACCUAGCAGUAGUCCUGGCAAUAGCCCUGAUGGUAACUGACCUCCCUACACUGACUGGUCUACCAAUGGAAAGCCUUCUACUCAACCGGAGAUGCAAAUGCCGCAAGCAAACCUCAGAGGUUAUCAGUGCUGGGAAGAUUAGUUUUAUUGAGGUGAUUCCUCAGGGGAUUCAGUGUAGAAGAAAGGAGAUUAUAAUUACCCUGAAGAAUAAACAGAGAGCCUGCGUGUAUCCCAAUGCACCAUGGAUCCAGAUAUUGCUUCAUAAGCUGAUGCAGAGUAACAGCGUCAGUGCAGUGCAAGCCCUUGACUGAUUUUUCCCAGCAAAGGAAAGAGAACAGAAGCCGACUUACUAAUGGACUGAAAUUCCUUUCCUGGAAGGCAACGAUUCACUGAUUUCCCAACUACUAUUACUACUUGUUAUACUAUUUUUUUACUCUACUAAGCAUGUUUAAGGGCUGCAGUUUGAAAAUCUAUAGUUACUUGUGAUUUCCCUCAUCAACCUCAGGGGAAAGAGUGUGGAUUUGCGCCUAUUUUGAUUGGAACAGUAAGCAUGACCUCUACCUUGUGAAUGCUUAAUGUGUCUAUUGAGUCACAUACUGAGAAGAGCUUAGCUCCAAAUAUGUUGCAGAGGAUUCGAGCGGACCCUCCCUAUUCCUGCGUAAGUUAACUAUUAAAUAAUUAGUAAAGUGUACUACUCUACCCUACAGCAUAGGGUAAAACUCAUCUUCAGCUGUCAGUAAAAGUGCAUCGCUUCCCUCCUGCAAGCUUGCACACUGCUACUUGGCACCUCCUUUCAAGCUCUAUGUAACUCUGUCUCCCGACCGCCUCUAAUUAUAGACCCUCAACUCCACCCGUGCUUCCACCCAUUUGUCAACGUCUUGAACAACUGCCUCUGUGUCUUCUUCCACACGGCCCCCUAGGCAUGGUAUGACCUCUGAGCGUCCAUCAGCCAGGCUGUAAAGAUAAGGCCUGUGUCUGCAGCCAUAUUGCAAGACCUUCGUCUGCAGCCAUUAGCUGAGAAGCAGGAAGUUGCAGCCUCACAGUCCAUCUAAAUUACAUUUAAAAAAAAAAGGUAAUAUCAGGUUCUUAAUGAGACCCUGUCCUAACAGCCCCCACUAUCACUAGUUAAAGAAACAGAUCUUAAAGUGGUUAAAGAAAACUUAGUUUGAUGGCCUUAUCAAUAGCUGUGGUGGUGAAAUCCUCAUUUCUUUCUUGUUUUGUCAUUAUGUCCUCACUUCCCUAUUGUUUGUCUGUUACAUCAUUAAUUUUGCUAGGUGUAAAUUAAUCAAGGUGGUGGGGUAGGAUUGGUUAGAAAAUUUUGUUAGGAUUGUUUAGUAAAAUUUUAGUUAAAUAAUUGGUUAAGGUAUAGCUAAGCAGGGCUCAAGCGUCACUGUAUAAACUGGGUCCAAAAGGAAGUUCUUUGGGAACAAACUCCAGGACACAGCCCCAAGAACAGAGCUGCCAGAUCUCAACACUCUGCCAGUGACACCAUGCAGAAACUGGAGUCCACAGAUGGACCUGAUCCUGACUGACCAUCAAGUUCAUCUGCCUGGGUGGGAGUGGUGAGCACUGUAUGUGUAGUGUGUGCAUUCUGUUUUCAGUGCUUGUUCAUAAAUAGAGGAUAAGGAUAUUACCACGUCAGGCUCUUUCACUGGUAAAAGGUCCUGCAAACCUGCAGAAAAUUACACCCUGAGCCCUAGGAAUUGGGUGAGGAUGGGUACUUAAAUUGACAGGGUUACGCCUGAGCCCUAGGAACUGGGUAAGGGUGGGUGCCCUAGAGAGUGUGAGUAACAGAGAAUUUUGUGCAGGUAACAGGCCCUAGCCUCUCUGCUUUUCAGUCCCUCUUAACUCACUUCUGCCAUAUUAAUUCACUUCAUGUCUAUAGUGAAUGUUGUAGAUUUGUACAGAAACCCCCCACCUCCACCCCAAACCCUUCCCUAAUCUCUGUCAACCUGCCUCUUCUUAGACUGCGGUCUCCUUAGGACAGGGGCUAUACCUUCUUAUAGCUCUAGAAAGAACCUAAGGUAUUGAGGCUACUACUGCAAACAAACAAUGGAGUAUCGAGAGUCUUAUUCAAGCAGUCACCCUGACCCACUUGAGUGUUGGUAAAACUCAAGGUAGACUAGCAUUUCUGCUACAGAGCCCAUUUUUCCAGACGACAUGAUUUGACUGUGUAAAACUUCUAUGUGUAACAAACCCCGCUUCCACAGCCCUCAUGUAUGUUUCGAGUCUUUUCUGACUCACACAUAGAUUAGUUACCCAAGUACAAGACAAAGCACGGUAGAGGAGAGAAACCGAGGAGACACCUCCUCUGUUUGAUCUUUGAUCCUUGUCUGUGGUCCAGAAACUUUAGUUUCACCUGUGGGGUUAGUGGGGAAGAACUAUUACCCUAGGCCAAGGAUUCUCCCCCUUUUCAUUUUGUGGACCACCUUCUAAGAGAGACUCUUAUGGACCAAUGGCCCUUUUCCCCCACAAGUUGGUUCUGAGAACAUCCUUUGGUGUCCAGCCUGGCAGGACUCCAUAAAUCACAUCUGCGAGGCCCUGUUUUAAGGAGUAAGUAUAUGGUCAAGUGCUACUCCCUACCUUGCUCAUACAUGCCAAAUGGCAGCAACAGGCUUUAUUAAAAGGUAAUACUCUUCAUGGAGUAACUCUGCUUUCCCCCAUUGCAAGUUUGAGCUCUCAUUAUUAGAUCUCUGAUUUACAGCAGGUUCCAACCAAGAUCCCCAUUGUGCUAAGUGUGGUACAAAACACAGUAAGACACAGUCCCUCUGUGCUCCAAGCAGUUUACAAAAUAGAGGCACCGAGAGGGGAAGUCACUGCUGGUCAGUGGCAGCAUAGAGAACAGCACCAGGUGUCCUGACUGCCAGUCCCAGCAGCCUAUCUACGUUCUUGCUCCUGUGAAUAUUUAUGUUCCAUUCAUUACCAUGCUAUCUGAGCCACCUGUCUGGAUAAGCAGAAACAUACGUAGGAUGCUGAUCUGGAUCAGUGCAUUUCACUUCACAAAAGUCAUUUGUGGUGGUACAGACUGCUAUGCGAUUACAACUCUGCUGUUACCAGAUACAAAACUAGACUGGCUUCUCUUUUGCCAGGGUUGCCAUUUCUGUUCUGACUGCACUUUAAUUGUACUGUACAUUAUGCAAUACAAUCAUUUAUGCA